AGUCACAGCUGUUGACAAAAUGAAGAAUGGCAACACAAAUGGAAAGAGCUAGUUUCUUUUAAGAUUAUCAACUCUUAAAUUGUAGAUAAUAAUUAUUUAAACACUAGCCUUUAAGUAGUCAACAGUUUGAUAAAAAGUAUAAAAUAAAAUUCCAAGGAAGAUUUUCUAAUGAGAAGACAAUAAUUUACUGACUGUAACAAAAAAAACAGACUUGAACGCUGAAUAACUAGAAAACAUAUGUUGACCAUAUGAUUUGUGUUGACUUUUUAUUCAAAACUGAGUUUCGGUUUAAAGUUGGUUCUGUCUUCCUAUUACCAGAAUGGAUAAUCUUGUUAAAGAUGCGAUUGCAAAGAAAACCGAUUCUGGUAGACCAGGCUGUAAAAAAUGUGGUCUUUUUGGCCAUUUUACGUACCAGUGUAGGAAUGACUUUGAAAUAAUUAGUAAACAAAGCCAGAAUUACGAUAUUGAUGUUAGCAGUACAAGUUCAGAUUCUGACAUGGAGGAUUUACCUCCAAUGGGAUCAUCAACUUUCUCGGCAGGUCUUUCAUUGGAGCAGAAAAAAUCCCAACCUGUUGAAAUUAUACCUCGUCCCGAGUCCCAUCAUAAACCCGAUUCUGAUGCUGAGGAAAGUCACAAAAGAUCUAGAUCAAAGAAACGAAAGAAAAGCAAAUCUCGAGAAAGAAGUAGAAGUAAAAGCUCUCAUAAAGGCUCACAUAAAAGCAAGAAGCAUAAACGGAAAAGAUCAAGAUCUCAUUCAAAGUCCCACCGAAGCUCAAGAUCACACCAUAGCUCAAGCUCACAUAAGCAUAAAAGUAGGAAAAGGAAAUAUUCAUCGGAUUCGUAGGGAAACUAACAAUGAAUGACUUGUGUGUUGAUGAAAUAUUCACCAUUUUAUCAAUGCUAGAGCAAAUCUUUCAAUAUCGUUUGGAGGCGAAUUGAAUAAACAUGAAAUUGUUGAUACAUUGUAUCUCACAUCUUCAGGAAAUCUGAUCCGAACUUUUAUUCCAAUUUUUCAUUUUUACUCACAAUUGUCGGAUUAAUUUAUAUUUUCUCACAAUCAAACAUCAUACUCAUUCUGCGUAUUUAACGCAGGAUUCAAAAUAAUUUACAUUUUUCAACAGAAACCAUAAAAGGCAGGAUCGAAACAUUAAUCCAGUUAUACCAAUGUCUAAAGCAGCCAUUCAAUUAUCAGAAAUUGGAAGAUACAUUACAAUAAACAAUUGGACAUUACAUUGCUCAUCUUUCAUAUCAAUGCAUGGAUUGUAAAUUAUGAAUCUUUCUGACCUGUCUAAUCAACCAUUAAACUACUAAUACAAAUCAUAAUUUUGCACAUAAUAUAUCUUUUAUUGAUUUAAAAUCUUCGAUAUACUCCAAACAACACCCAUUAGGUACCAAUCUUAUCUGAUUCAGUUUAGGUACCAAGAAAGAUGGACGAUUGUUUAUUUUAUCACUUUGUUAUAAUGAAAAAAUUUUUUUUGAUGAAAUGUUAAAUUUUGA